GAUAAAUUCGGGGCCAUGGCGUCUGGAUUAGAGGCUGAGGUGGUGAGAAUACUGGAAGGGGAUCUCGGGGAGGUCAGGGGCCCUGGGUGGCGAGGUGGCCAUGAGCGCGGAGGUGUCUGCGCGGAGGGAGGCCGGGGCUGGCUGACCGUCCCUUCCCCGGCGCAGGCCUGCACGGAGACCCGGGAGGAGGAGGAGGAGGAGGAGGAGGAAGAAGAAGAGGAGGAGGAAGAGGAGGAAGAGGAGCGAUCCUUAACAGCUGCGGAGGUGCUGGCUGCCCAGAAGCGGGAGGAGAGAUUGAGGAAGUUCCGAGAGCUGCACCUGAAAAGGAAUGAAGCCCGAAAGUUAAAUCAUCAAGAGGUUGUGGAGGAAGAUAAAAGGCUUAAGCUGCCUGCAAACUGGGAAGCUAAGAAGGCUCGUUUGGAAUGGGAAUUGCAAGUUGAAGAAAAGAAAAAGGAGUGUGCUGCAAGGGGGGAAGACUAUGAACGAGUGAAGCUACUAGAGAUUAGUGCUGAGGAUGCAGAAAGAUGGGAAAGGAAGAAGAAGAGGAAGAACCCAGAUCUGGGCUUUUCAGACUAUGCAGCUGCUCAGUUACGCCAGUAUCAUCGGUUGACCAAGCAGAUCAAACCUGAUAUGGAAACAUAUGAAAAACUGAGAGAAAAACAUGGAGAAGAGUUCUACCCAACAUCCAAUAGUCUUCUUCAUGGAACACAUGUACCUUCUACAGAGGAAGUUGAUAGGAUGGUUAUAGACCUAGAAAAACAAAUUGAAAAACGAGAAAAAUACAGUCGGAGACGUCCUUAUAAUGAUGACUCUGAUAUUGAUUAUAUUAAUGAAAGAAAUGCCAAGUUCAACAAAAAGGCAGAGAGAUUCUAUGGAAAAUAUACAGCUGAAAUCAAACAGAAUUUGGAGAGAGGAACUGCUGUCUAAACUUCAGGGAACAUUAAACAUGGUAGUAAAUUGCCAUCAGUGAAUUUUAGAAAUAAAGGAUUUAUACUCUUGUAUUCAACACCCAAAUGCAUUUAUAAGUUUGUGUAUUUUCAUACUUCAAAAGUAAUGCUGGUUAUUUUAGGAAGAAACUAUUUUAGGAAAAAUUUUAACUUGUAUACAUUUGACCAGUCUUAGUAAGGAAACUUCCCCAUCUCUGAUACUUACCAGCUGGGCCACCAUGGACAAAAUCAUUUUAAGCCUGUAUUUCUAAUUGUAAAAUGGGGAUAAUGAACUAGUUCCUACCUCACAGGGCUGUUGUGAGGCUAAAAUGAGAAUGUAUUUAAGAUGUUUUGUUAACAUAAAGUGCUGUGGGUCA